AUGCAGUGCUUCUGUGCUAAUUGCCAGGGUUCACUGGUAUCCUUCAGCACAUUCUACAGGCACGGAGCGCAUCACUCACCCGACAAGCCGGCCCGCAAGCCGAAGCCUUCCGACAAGCCGUGCUGGUGCCGGACUUACAGGUGUAACGGCGCGGUCCAGCCCAAAAGCACACGCUAUUACCACAGCAAGGCGGACAACCUUGGAGGACCCCCAGGCCAGUACGUCAAGGGCAAGGGUUGGACGCGCGAGCUGGACGACAAGCCGAAGCCCAAGCCGAAGCGUCGCAAACACGAGAGGGACUAG